GUUGUUCAGUGAUAUGUUGUUACUCGUAGCGGUCUGUUGAUUAGACGAUGGCUUUACCUGAAUCAUUGCCAUCAAUGACUGAACAUCAUCUUCAGUGUUUACCUUUUUUACCAAUUUAAUAUUCACUAAAUUUCAUCAUUUUUUAUUCAUCGCAAUUUAAUUUAAUUAUUUUUAUUUACUUUUCUAUUUCUAAUUUAAGUGAUUCAAUUUACGGAUUUUUAUCUCAAUGGAAAUAAUUAAGAUGAACAAUUUAACAGUUCGAUGUUUAAUUCAUCAUCUUAUCUUUCGUUAAUUGUGAAUUGGAAACUUUUCCUUUGCUAGUUAAUCAUUAAUGACAAUGUGAAAAUUUCAGCAUCUUAUUAAUCCAAUUGUGUUUUCAUCAUCAAUUUGUUAACAGCAAAACUUAACAAACGGAUUAAAUUUAACAACAACAAUUAAAGUUUCUUCUUCUUCAGUGUAUUUAUUUCAACAACUACUCUUGGAUAAUAACAAUCAAACAACAACAACAAUCAAUUGAUCUGAUUAAUGAUGAUGUAUCUUAAUGAGGAAUCAGAAAAUGGAUUUGGGACAAUUAAUGAGUCCAAAGCUAAAAAGAUGACCAAUUGGACCAACAUUUUCAAUCACUGGAAACGUAAGGGUAAAGUUGAUAAAAAUGGUGUCAUCAGCUCAGCCAAUGUUAAUUUGUCAAUGAGCCAAUCUCAUCAUCCUCAUCAAUUGCACAAUCCACCUCAACAUCAACAUCAUCUCCAACAACAACAACAACAACAACAUUACCCUCAUCACCAUCAUGGUCAUAAUUCAACUCAUCAAGUUUACCCGAUCCAUCAACCUUACCAGUUUGGGUCACUUGCUGUUAGGCACAAUGGAUCCGGUUUACCGGGACUGAUUGACCAGUACAAUACAUCAAAUAUUGGCGGUGGGGGAGGUGGUGGUGUUGGUGUGUUGACUGAUGCUAGAUACCAACGACCGUCUGGUUUACAGGGACGUGUAAAUAAAUUUGCCUCCGUCUCUGCGGGUACUGGUGCCAAUUUUUACCUUGCUUAUCCAACCGGUUCCUCUUUAUUGGCACCAAAUCAAGUGAAUUCAUCCUCACCAUGUUCAUUGAAUAUACGUUAUCCAUCAUCGGCACCAUCAACAACACUACAUUCAUCAAUCCGUCCAACCUCAUCAAGUCGACAUCAACGAGCCAACAUACUUUCAACUCCAUGGGAACCAAUGAUUUCAGCAAAUUCAUCCGCUAAUCACAAUCAAUCAGCUGAAUGUACUUGCUGUGAAUCAAUGGGAACAGAUCAUCAAAUAGGAGCAGAAGGAGCUGGUCCUGGUGUUGGUGGUCGUUGUGGUGGGGAAAUUAGUUUAUUAGGUAAAACAACAUUAAAAAAUAUUAAAAAAUCAGCUACUGGCUCAGUGCGAUCGCGAUCAUCAAUUAAAUCAUCUUAUUGUGCUUCUAAUUUUGAUGUUGUUGAUGAAACCAUGUCAACCGGAUUAUCCCAUGUUAGUUCAAGGCUUCAUCAUGGUACAGUUAAUGGUAAAUCAAUGAAAUCGUCGUCAACUCGAUCCCAUCGAACUGUUUCCUUUGCGACGGUCAAUGAACGAUUUCUAAAAGUACUUAAAAGAUCAGUUAAAAAUCCAUCGGGUUCGGUUGUUUCGAGAAGAUCAAUUUUAGAAUGUGAUCUGACCGCUUACGAUUUAGUUGAACAACAUGAGACUUGUAUUGAAGAUGAAGAUGUAAUUAUUGAAGAAGAGAAGGAAAAUCAAUCUAAUCAUCGACACUAUGCCAACCAUUCAAGUGAAUAUCUAAGUGAAGAUGAAGAUGAUGAUAUGGAUGAUCAUCAUUCUCGUCAUCAUCAUCGUCCACCCUCAAUGUCGGCGUCGGCAAAUGGGCUACAUUCAAUCUCGAAACAUGGACACAAUUUGUUACCUCGUUUAGGUGAAUCUUCACUUCGAGGUAAAUCUCGAGGUAAAUCGAUCUCAACAGUUGACCUGUCCACCUCUCAACGACCAGUAAUUACCGAUGGAAAGGCCAGUUUACGUAAAGGAUUAAGAAUCGGAGGUCAAGGGAUGUCACUUUUUCCAUCAGCGGUGGAAUCAUCAAAGUCUUCAACAACAUCUAAUUCAACAAACGGAGGAGUAAUUAAAUCUCGUAGUUCAGAAUCCAUUUUAUCUGAUAAAUCAAGUUCGAUAAUUAGUUCUAACCUUACCGAUCGACCUGCUUCAUGUCUCUUAUUACCUUUACCUGAGCCAGAUUACGACAGUGAGGCAGCUAGUGGAGAGGAAGAGAGUAAACGAGGAACUGGUAACAGAACGAGUCGAAAUCAAUUUGGGCCAAAAAGUGGACCUAAAUUGCUACGAGACGCUCAAUCAUUUACUUCACUUCAUCAACCACAAUUAAAUGAGACACCAAUCAAAGGAGGUAAUUUAACCUCUACACCAAUAGCACGAAAUGUCCAGAAUCUUGGUGAGACUCGAUCACUUGAUCGUCGAGCCAAACGUAGAGGUCAAUUGCGACAAGCGAUUUCCUCAAGCUCACUGAUUGGUAAUUCAAUCGAUGAGAAAUCAGUUAAUUGUGACAAUAUUAAAGGAUCCACACCAUCGAUACCAAGUGAUAACAGUAAUUACAUGUCAAAGGUUAAAUCGAUAUUGAAAAAAUCAGUUACCUGGAAUGAAUCAGUUACAAAGACUUCCUCAAGAUCAUCCCCACCCUCAUCUUUAUCAUCCGGAAAUGCUGCUAAUUGUGAUAAUACAAACGGAUUUACCAAUAAUUGUGACAGUGAUUUUAUCAAUUAUAAUAAGUGUUCAUCGUCAUCAUCAAUCAUCACCAAUGGUUUAACAACCUUGCCAAGAAUCCGAGGUCGAUGGUCAAGUGAAAGGUCAACUAAUAGUAUAAAUAGUGCCAACAAAUUAAAAGGGUCAAAGGUAAAGAAACAUGUUCACUUUGGAUGUUCAAAAGAUGACGAUAGUUUAAUCAUUGAACAUAUUGGUGAUAAUACAAUUUUCGAGGAAGAUGAAGAACCAAUUUACGAUGAUAUUGCAAAUAUAAUCACUACGAGUGACCAAUCAUCUAAUGGUCAUCAUCAAACUCCAUGUCAAUCACCUGAAAAACAACCUUUGACCUCACGUUUACCUCAAUCAACAUCAUUACCACCUCCACCUCCUCCACCACCACUACCAACACAUUCACUUGUACCUUCAUCACCGCCAACUCAAUUAACUCCUAAUUCAGAUUAUAAAGGUUUAAUUAGUAAAUCAGGUAACUUACAAUCAGCUGAUAAUCAAGUUAAUUGUCUUAAUAUCAACGAAUCAACAUCAUCAUUAAAAACUUAUGGGACCAAUGAUGAAACCAAAGAAAUGUCAACACGUCGAGUCUAUGGAAUCCUUGAAAUCGGCGAUACAUUGAAUAGUCCAAGGUCAACUAAUAGUUACCUUCAAUUGGCUCCUAAAUCACCAGAUCAACUGGUCAGUGAUAGUUUAACUAACGGUAAAAAAACUGUCGGAUCAAAGGUAAUCAAGGAGCAACCGGCUUUAUCAUCAUCAACAUCAUCCUCAUCAUCCAAUCAACUGUAUAAAAUAUCUCGAUCAGGAAUUAUCAAUGGAUUAAGGCGAGACGUUGAUUCAUCCUCAUCCCAAUCAUCAUCAUCAUCAUCAUCUGAUGAAGGUCUUGACCUGUUAUCCAAUGGUAAACAAUUGAAUGAUUCAACUAAUCAUUUUGAUGAUAACAAUCAAGUUAAUCACAAUAGAUUGAUAAAUAAUGAUGGUCCACUUUCACCUGAAUUUACAUCAUCACUUACUAAUCAUCAUCAAAAACAACAACAACAACAACAAUUAACUAACUAUGAUGAACGUCACUCAACACUUUUAUCUGAAUUAAGAGCUGAUAUAAGGGAGAAAUUAGAAAAUAAGUUAAUUAAGGACAUUAUCAUUUCUAAUGAACUUAAAUCAUUGGCAGAAAAAUCAACUGAUUGUAAUCGUUUCAAUGGUAUUGGUAAUACAACGAAUUGGUCAGCCAAUAACAACCAAAGAAAUUUAAUCAACUCAAUUACCAAUAAAAUCAAUAACAAUAAUAAAAGUGAACAUUUAAAUAGGAUAAGUGAAAAUGUUGACUUGUCUAAUCAACAUCGUCACCAUCAUAAUCAUAAUAAUCAUUCACAAUCAGCUGAUUGUAGUGAAACAAAUGAACAAAAUGAUUUUGAUGCAAUUGAUAAUGAAGAUAAUGAGACAAUCAAAUCGGGUAAAACUGAUUAUGGUUUCACAGUUUCAAUUGUGAACAAUGUAAACAACAAUUCAAAUCGCAAUCGUAACUGUGAUUACAGUUUAACUUCAACCUAUUCAUCAAAUACUUCAUCAUCAUCUUAUUAUGAUACUAAUUUACCGUUAGAGGAAUCAAGUAAAAUUGUGAUUAACGUGCCAUUGGGUGGAGGUGUGGGUGGAGUGGGUGUUGGAACAACUUUCUAUGAUAAUGAGACGAAUGAACAUAUUUACGAAGAGUUGGACAAAGUUUCGAUCUAUGAAAGUAAUCGAAGUGAAAAUGGCAACGAUAUUAACCAAUUGACGAAAAGAUCAAUUUUCGAAGGAGCUUCUCGAGAUGAGAUACUUGAAUAUUUAGCCGAUGCUAAGGAAAGGGUUGUAUUGAUUGAUGAAAAUACUUCCGGUUCUUUAGCAAAUCAUCACCAUCACAAUCAUCUCCAUCAUCUACACCAUGGUUUACCCACUCGACCCAAUUUGGCCUCAACUCGACGUAAUCGAACCUCCAAUGUUUCCAAUGUUAGCAGUUCAUCGACUGAUUCAAGUAACACAGCGACAAGUUCAUCAAUCGAAACGGAAGAUUGUUCAUUAACCAAUAGUACCACAGGUACACCCGUUGAACGAAAUGAUUCCGGUGUUGGUGUAGAAACGAGUAAACCAUUGAAAAUCCGUCGAACCAACAAUUUAACCGGAGAAAGUGAACAAACGUGCGCUGAUUGUGAACAAUUAAUUGAACCCAAAGAAAUCAAUGGAACCAAUAAUAACCAUCGUAAUAAUAUUAAUCAUCUAGAAGAUAAUAAUGAUCAGUUAAUUUAUUACAAUAUCGUUUGUAGUAAAUGUGAAAAGAAAAGAUCAGAAAGGAAAGAGAUUAUCUCAGAAUUUGUUGAUACAGAAUUUAAAUAUGGCCGAGAUUUAAGGAUAAUCCGAGAGGAGUUUCAUAGACCAAUGGAAGUUGCCGGUUUACUGACAAAGGAACAAAUUAAAGGAGUUUUCAUCAAUUUAGAAGAAUUAAUUAGCGUUAAUUCAAAGUUCUCGGAGAAACUACAAGAUGCCAUCGAUAUCGCUUCUGAACAAGGAGAUGAGGAUUUUACCACCGUCAACAUUGGAAGGCUCUUCAUGGAAUCGGCCUCUAUGCUCCAUUCCUUUGAAACUUAUUGUCUUCACCAAGGGUCAGCGUCGGUUCUGUUGAAUCAACUAGAGAAAGAGAAAGAACUUCUUAGAAUAUUCUUAAGAGUUUCUCAAAUGGAAAAUACUCUUCUGAGAAGGAUGAAUCUCUCAGCAUUCUUAAUGGUUCCAGUGCAAAGAGUUACGAAGUAUCCAUUAUUAUUGAAUCGAUUGUAUAAAGUUACCCCUCAUCACCAUCAGGAUAGAGAUGCCUUGAAAUUGGCCCAGCAAAAGGUUGAAAUUCACUUGGAACAUAUAAAUCAACAGACUAAAGGCUCAACUGCACCGACCAAAAUUUGGAGAAAAUUUUCUCAUCUCUCGAAUCGUCGAUUGCCAAGUAUCGAUGAUAUUGGUGAUAUUAAAUUGAGAAAGGUCGCAUUGGAAGCUAUGAGUUGGACUCGUGAUCAAGCAAAUUUCAUCUUAUCGGGUCGUCUAUCGUUUUUACCUUCAUCCGAAUAUCAAUUAUACAAGAAACGAGGUAACAUUAAAUUUUCCUCUGCCAGUUGCCUUCUAAUGAGCCUUGGGGAAAUGUUACCUACAAUUAAGGCCAAUUUAACCGAAGAUGAUGAAGAUGAAUUUGAACGAGAGCUCAUGUUUCCCAGAUCAAAUCAUGGAUGUGAACAAGCAGUCAUCAUAUUAAUUAAAGAGAAACAUAAUCGAUACACUUUAUGCAGAGAACCAUUCAACCUUGCAUCUUGUGUUGUAUCAUCAGACACUGAAUUUGAAGAUAUAUUUGAAAUUCAUGAACAAAAUACUAAAGAGUCAUUCAUUUUUAAGGCUGAUUCACCAACUGAGAAACGAGAUUGGUAUCGACAGAUUUGUUAUCAUUCAAAGAAUCUUGGUAAUUGGAGAAAACGUCGCAACGCAUUAGCCAAUAUUAUGAUGGUUCGACCUUAAAAUCAGCGACAAUCGCAUUAGUACCUGAGAAUCCUGCCAAUGGAAGCGAAUCUUUUUUCCAUUUUUGUUGAAUUUAUGUAAAUUGCUUGACGAAAAAAAAUCACAAUUGUCCAAUUUGAUUAACUUUCUCACAACGACACCAAUUGUUUUUUUAGUGUCUCUAUUUAAUCCUUUAAUCUCCCAUGAAAAUGAACUGAAAUCCAAAAUUUUUUGUUUGUAAUAGAUUGAUAUUAUAAUCUAGUCGCUCUCAAAAACUAUAAUUUAAAUUAAAUCGUAUAAUUGUAAAGAUUAGCAAUUGAUUAGUAAACAAAACAAACGGUAUCCAUUGAUUAUAAAACAUUGAACACUAAAUCUAUUGAUUGAU